CAUGACUUUUUUCUCUUCCAGCCUUGGGAGCUGCUUAUGGAACAGCAAAGAGUGGCACAGGUAUCGCAGCCAUGUCUGUCAUGAGGCCUGAGCUGAUCAUGAAGUCAAUCAUCCCUGUCGUCAUGGCGGGUAUUAUAGCCAUCUAUGGCCUGGUAGUGGCAGUCCUCAUUGCCAACGCACUCUCUUCUUCCAUCACGCUAUUCAAGAGCUUUCUUCAGCUGGGUGCUGGCUUGAGUGUGGGCCUCAGUGGCCUGGCUGCUGGCUUUGCUAUCGGCAUCGUGGGCGAUGCAGGUGUACGGGGAACAGCACAGCAGCCCCGGUUAUUUGUGGGCAUGAUCCUCAUCUUGAUCUUCGCUGAAGUUUUGGGUCUCUAUGGCCUCAUUGUUGCCCUUAUCCUCUCUACAAAGUAAAUGUCACACUAUGAUGUAAAGAGAUAUAACAAAUCUACAUUUUAAAAAAAGCUCCAGAAUGAAAAUGGUCUCUCCAAUGUGUACAGUUGUCCCAAUUUGGUAGUUGAUCUCUUGUAAAUGCGCAACGUAUGUUAGUGACUUGUCUGUCCUGUGUAUACUUCAAUAUUAAAUUGGAUGGGCUGCUCCAAGCCUCCUGCGUGGCUUGGGGUGGCCUGUGUGCAAUUUUCCACCCAUUUGCUGUUAGUACUUUAUGUAUAAAUAUGAACUAGAUGUGUAAUUUUCUCUUCACUGGAUGUUUAUUUAUAAAAGACUUGACAUGUUCAUACACCCAUGGAGCAAGGUUUUUCAAUUUCCCAUGCUAUAUAUAUUAAUCUUAUAUAGGUAGAUUAUUACACUGUGGGGUCAAUUGUAAGUGCAGAGAAUUCCUUGGAUGUAAUUUUGAUUCUAAAAGAUUGCUGUAGUGUCCUGGUAUUGGAAUAUGAGAAUUGUCGUGUUAUAUUACAGCAAUUGUCAGAAACACUCUUGUGUUUCCAGUAGUAAAAGCGUAUGCUCCGGCAUCAAAGUCGUGCAUCCAGUGUUGGGUUACAAAGUUAUACAACGUUUCCAAAUAAAACUUCCUCACUACAUUGCUG